GUUAGCACUGUUGCCUCACACAAGCAGGUCCCCAGUUUAAGCCCUGGCUAGGUCAGGUGGUCUUUUUUGUGGAAUUUGCAUGUUUGAUAUUUUUGCUAGCUGAAGAAUAUUUGAGAUAACCUCUCUCCCUUAAUCUGAUACGUAAUCCUCAAACCAGCAAACAUACCAUAGAGAGUGUUUUUCUGAAGUUUUGAUCUCUAAAAUGAUAGUGUUUCCAUAAUUAAACAUAAGCAAAUUAUGCUUCUGGUCUUUGUAUAAGUCGACCCGCUCUGUUAAUUAUUUACAGAAUGCAGAAAGUUUACGUGUGUUGCAUGAGCAGUGCAUGUAAUUUUACUGUUGAUUUGUUUUACUUUGUUUUCUCUUGCUAUAUAGAACAUAAAAAUAAUGUUAUUUUGGUGUUUAGGUUUAUGCGUUUUAUUCAAAUAUCAAUACUUGUGCGACAAACUGGUAGGUAAUAUGAUAAACCAUUAGAAUUUUGUGAACUGGUAGAGAUGUUGGACUGAUGUUGGAAACAACAGUGCUAAAUGGGCAUGCUGUUUCUGUGUGAGAGGAGCGCGCAAGCAGCUCAUCAGCUGCUUAUUGUGCUCGUGGUCAAAAUUCCCGCCUUUGCAAGUAUAUAAACGUGACCAUUUAGUCAUAAGAGAAAGUAAACAGUUGAAAAAGAAACCGCAUGUGUAACAGUAUCCGCACUUUGGUCUUAAAGGGGAAGUUACCUAAUUUUGCUCCUGUCUGUCAUUCAUGUUAAUCAAAUAGCAUUGAGAGAAAAUCUCUCUUGACUAAAUAACUUUUCUACCUUAAAUCAUAUACAUUAAGAAUUAUGAAAAUUAUAUGGUAUUAAAUUAGUAACAUAAAACCUUAUUAAAAGAAAAAGAAAACUUUACUGUUAUACAUUUUGAUAUCAUGAUAUAAAAUGAAUCCUAGCAUAUUAUAACAUUUUGGUCAUAUUGCCCACCCCUAUAAAUACUUUGUACUAUCAUGCAAACUGCAGUAACUCUUUGGACAUAGUCCACUUUGAAUUGUGGUACUUUAACCUGUAUGGGAACGUCGUGUGCACAUCACACCCUUAACCUAAUUCAGCUGUUGACUUCUUUCACACUACUGAUAGAAUGACUAUCGUACGGUUGCUUGUGAGUCUCUUACUCUUUGGUUCAGCUGAAGCUGGGAAGCUGUUGGUUAUUUCUUCAGAUGGCAGCCACUGGCUUGGGAUGAAGCCUUUUGUGGAAGAGCUGGGGAGGAGAGGAAAUCAGGUGGUGGUGGUCAUCCCAGAUGCAAGUCUGAGUAUGGGUCCAUCAGAUCACACCACCACUCUUUCUUAUCCAGUGCCUUACACCAAAGCUGAGCUAGAAGGGAACUUAGCGGCAGAUUUAAACAAUAUUCUGAGUACUGAUGUGUCUACAGACCUGGCCAGAUUUCAGACAUUUGUCUUCACACUGGAUUUUCUACGAACGUUUACAGUGAGGAGCGCAGAGAGUCUGCUUUUCAACAAGGACCUGAUGAAGAAACUGAAAGACUACAACUUUGACGCUAUUCUCACAGACCCGUUUGAGCCUGUUGGAGUUAUUGUUGGUGAAUAUCUCUCCAUUCCAGCUAUUUACAUGCAAAUAAAUCAUCCAUGUGGGGUCGACACUCUUGCCGGUCAAUGCCCAACUCCAGCCUCCUAUGUUCCUCAACCUUUUACUCAAUUUACCGACCACAUGUCUUUUUGGCAAAGAAGUGUGAACCUGGUAUACACUUUGCUGCAACCCAUGGCUUGUGGAUCUAUAUUUACUCAAGCAGAUGAGAUUGCUUCACGUUUACUUCAAAGAAAAUCAUCCAUGGUAGAGAUCAUGAGCCGUGCUGCUCUCUGGUUUAUGCGAUUCGACUUUGCUUUGGAAUUCCCACGUCCAGUGAUGCCCAACAUGAUCAUGAUUGGAGCCACACUUAGCCAGAAACCAAAUCCUCUGUCAGAAGUGAGUCUUUAUAAUUAA